AUGACUUGUGUACUACGUCACUCCCCCUAGUAACCUCGGCAGCGUCUUGGGCAGAUAGAGCAACAAGAUGGGAUUGCUGUCGAUCCUGCGCAAGCUGAAGAGCACACCGGAUCAGGAGGUUCGGAUUCUGUUGUUGGGGCUGGAUAACGGAGGGAAGACUACCCUACUGAAACAGCUAGCGUCUGAAGAUAUCAGCCACAUCACCCCCACGCAGGGCUUCAACAUCAAAAGCGUUCAGUCUCAGGGUUUCAAACUGAACGUGUGGGACAUCGGAGGACAGAGGAAGAUCAGGCCGUACUGGAGGAACUACUUUGAGAACACGGAUGUGCUGAUCUAUGUCAUCGACAGCGCUGACAGGAAGCGGUUUGAGGAGACAGGGCAGGAGCUGGCUGAGCUACUGGAGGAGGAGAAGCUGAGUGGGGUUCCAGUUCUGAUCUUCGCCAACAAGCAGGACCUCCUGACGGCAGCACCAGCUUCGGAGAUUGCUGAGGGCCUGAACCUGCACACCAUCCGGGACCGCGUGUGGCAGAUCCAGUCCUGCUCCGCCCUGACCGGGGAGGGCGUCCAGGAGGGCAUGAACUGGGUUUGCAAGAGCGUCAACGCCAAGAAGAAAUAGCUCGGCUCAAAGGAUGCGCUGGUGUGUCUCACACACACACACACACACACACACACACACACACACACACACACACACACACACACACACACACUGAAACCCUGGGAGGACAGGGAGAACCUGUGAAUGUACACACUCGAAGACCAACAUGGACUUGAAGAGUUUUCUACCCCCCUGGCUCCCCUCAUACACGUUUACUAAACUUUUAGUCAUGUAAAGACACUACAACUCCCACUUUUGCUAAUAAAGGGGAAGGUUGUUGGCCUUUAAAA